AUGCCCCCAAGGGGAGCUGCUAGACAAGAGAGGCACUUUAUCCGACCGCGAUUUAAGGCGAAGGCGCUUCUCACAGCUCCUCUGGGCACAUUAAGCAGGGGGUCGAGCCCCUGGUGCACCAAGUCCAGCCACCAGAGACCCUCCCUGCCCUCCCCGACCUCUUCUUUUCAGCAAGUGGAGAUCUGCGACGCCUUCCAGGAAGUCAUGUUAUGGCUCCUGAGAAUUGAGAACAUCUUUGACUUCUCCCAGACCACUUUUAACCUGGCUCUUAGUAUCUUCAGUCGCCUCAUGGUUUCAGUCAAGAUAAAAAAGCAUUUACUCCAUUGUGUCACAAUUACUUCCUUAAGACUUGCUGCAAAAGUUAACGAAGAGGAGGAGUUAAUUCCACGCAUAUAAGACUUCAUAAAGCACUAUGGCUCUGGCUAUUCCCCGAAUGAGCUGCUGAGGAUGGAGCUGGCUAUUUUGGACAAACUGCACUGGGACCACUAUAUUGGGACACCGCUGGAUUUCUUGGUCAUAGUAAGUAUGAGGACUUUCCAGAGCCUACCCUGGACUCAUUUGUGCCUUUGGAACAGCUGUUCACAACAUAGGAUGGCAAAGCACACAUCCUUGCACAUGCAUCACAGUGAGGUGACCCACAGGCUCACGACAUACGGAAGAGUGAAAUUUUAUCUUAAAUCCAACACAGUUCCACCAGACUCCCACUUCUAAAGGACAUUAAAUUAACUUUACAAAGAUUUUUAGACGGCACUAUUAUGGUGAGUUUCUCUUUUAAAUACACACUGCAAAAAUAUGUAACUUUCCAUUCUAUGAAUACUGUACAUAAAAA